ACAUGCGCUGAGUGCGGGAAAAGCUUCAAUCUGCGCUCAAGCCUUAUCAGACAUCAGAGAAUCCACACAGGGGAGACGCCCUACACAUGCGCUGAGUGCAGGAAAAGCUUCAAUCUGCGCUCAAACCUUAUCACACAUCAGAGAAUCCACACAGGAGAGCAGCCCUACACGUGCGCUGAGUGCGGGAAAAGCUUCAGUCAGCGCUCACACCUUAUCAGACAUCAGAGUAUCCACACAGGAGAGACGCCCUACACAUGCGCUGAGUGCGGGAAAAGCUUCGGGUGGAGCUCACACCUUAUCAGACAUCAGAGAAUCCACACAGGGGAGACGCCCUACACGUGCGCUGAGUGCGGGAAAAGCUUCAGUCUGCGCUCACACCUUAUCACACAUCAGAGAAUCCACACAGGGGAGACGCCCUAUACGUGCGCUGAGUGCGGGAAAAACUUCAGUUGGUGCUCAAGCCUUGUCACACACCAGAGAAUCCACACAGGGGAGACGCCCUACACAUGCUCUGAGUGCGGGAAAAGCUUCAGUCAGCGCUCACACCUUAUCACACACCAGAGAAUCCACACUGGGGAGAUGCCCUACACGUGCUCUGAGUGUGGGAAAAGCUUCAGUCGGCGCUCACACCUUAUCAGACAUCAGAGAAUCCACACAGGGGAGAUGCCCUAUGCGUGCUCUGAGUGCGGGAAAAGCUUCAGUCAGCGCUCAACCCUUAUUCGACAUGAGAUAAUCCACACGAAAGAGACACCUUACAAAUGCUGUGAGUGUGGGAAAAGCUUCAAUCGUACCUCAGCCCUUAGUAGGCAUCAGCGAAUACACAGAGGAGACAAACCCUAUGAAUGCCGUGAGUGCGGGAAAAGCUUCACUCAGAGAUAUACCCUUAACUCUCAUCAGAGAAUCCACACAAAAGAGCGACCCUACGAAUGCUGCAAGUGCGGGAAAAGCUUCACUCAGAGAUCAGCCCUUAUCUCUCAUCAGACAACGCACACAGGAGAGAGACCCUAUGAAUGCCGUGAGUGCGGGAAAAGUUUCAGUCACUUCUCCUCCCUUAUCUCUCACCAGAGAGUCCACACAGGAGAGAGACCCCAUGAAUGUUGCGAGUGUGGAAAAAGCUUCUCUCGGAGCUCAAACCUUACUAUGCAUCAGAGGAUCCAGACAGGAGAGAAACCCUAUGAAUGUAGUGAGUGCGGGAAAAGCUUCUCUCGGAGCUCAACCCUUGUCACACAUUACACAGUCCACACCGGAGAGAAACCCUAUGAAUGCAGUGAGUGCGGGAAA